CUAUGUCUCGCGCGGCAUUUCCACGCACGAGCUCCCCUCGCGCGUAUUCGUCCCUUUACUCGAGGCUCGUGUCGUCUAGCUCGAACCAUAUCUGCGUGCAUCCUUCCUUUGUCAAUAUAUGAGCCAUACCAACAUAAUUCAAAUCAAAAUUAGUUGAAUUAUAUUUUGGCAAAACAAACAAUAAUAAAAAUUAAUGUAACUUCACAAAUCUCAAUCUAUAAUACCUGCGAAGAAGCCAAAAUAUAUUAGUUAUAAAGUCCAUUGUCGCGUGCAGCUACCUUUCUACAAACCCUCACCAUUGUUUCUCUUAUUUUUCUUUUCUUUCUAUUUUUUUUCCCUUAUAUGUUUGUUCUCCAAAUUCGCCGCUUUUUGAUUCUCAGGUGAAAAUGGAACCUAUGGACAUCGUUGGUAGAACAAAAGAGGAUGCCUCGCUUCCAAAAGCGACUAUGACAAAAAUCAUCAAGGAGAUGCUCCCUCCAGAUGUUCGUGUUGCAAGAGAUACUCAAGACCUUCUAAUAGAGUGUUGUGUAGAAUUUAUCAAUCUGAUUUCAUCAGAAUCCAAUGAAGUCUGUAACAGGGAAGACAGAAAAACAAUUGCUCCAGAACAUGUCCUCAAGGCCUUAGAGGUUCUUGGAUUUUCGGAGUAUAUUGAAGAAGUAUAUGCUGCAUAUGAGCAGCACAGGCUGGAGACCAUGGACACAAUGAGAGGCGGAAAAUGGAGCAACGUAGCGGAGAUGACGGAAGAGGAAGCACUUGCGGAGCAGCAAAAGAUGUUUGCAGAGGCUCGUGCGAGGAUGAAUGGUGGGCCCUCUGCCCCAAACCCCAAGCAGCCAACAGAGCCCCCGAACCAGCCAACACCCAAUGCCUAACUACAUUAAGGUUCCCUUAGCUGGUUUAGCAUAAGCAUACACUUUUUACUGACUCCAGUUUGGUUUUUCUUUUCCUUAUGUUUUAUACAAAGUAACUCGUUGAGCUCGUGGCUUUUGUUUAACUUUGAUGGAUUUCGUUGUGUCUCCCUCUGUCUCUUAACUAUGUAUCCAUGUUUGUAGUUAAUGGUUUUCUCUCGACGUCGCGUAUGUGUUGUAUUAUUUCAUGUAUAAUCUUUCAUCCUCGUUUUAUGAGUGGAUACAAUUUUUUUUUUUUCUUUCCCGUAUAUUGGCUGAGUUUGUUGUUAC